AUGGCCCAUUUUCCCAAUCAUCGUGGAUGGAUGUACGACCGUUGUUAUAGCAGAAGGAGAGGUUUGAAGGAAGCUUUUGUCCUUGGAGUUAAUGAGUUUAUGGAGACGGCUCGUCGAUAUAAAUAUUAUGCUCUUGAUGGAGGGAUUCGAUGCCCAUGCAUCAAGUGUGAAUGUACAAAGAUUAUGAAAGAUGAAGACGUCAAAGUUCACCUAUACCAAAAAGGGUUCAUGCCAAAUUACAAGGUUUGGANAUUUCAUGGUGAAGAAAUGCCUUCUACCUCCACUGCUCAUGAAAAUCGACCUACAUCAGGUUCGAAUACUAUUGUACAUACAUCUGAGAUAAAUCAAUUUACCUACCUGCAAGAGAUGUUAGACGAUGCUCUUCGUCAACAUGAUGAACAAGAACCAAACGAUAGUCAUGAUGAAGAGUCUCCAAAUGAAAGCACUCAAAGGUUUUACAAUCUCUUGGCUGAGGCAAACCAACCUGUAUUUGAAGGUUCAUCUGAGUCAAAAUUGUCAGUCUGCAUUAGACUCAUGGCUGAUCUAACACCACCAAACAAUUCUUUGCCGAAGAAUUAUUAUGAAGCCAAAAGAUGUGUUUCGAAGCUGGGAUUGGAAGCGAAGAAGAUUGAUUGUUGUGUGAAUGGAUGUAUGCUUUUCUAUGACAACGACAUUGGCAAAAAUGAUGCAUCGUUGGUGCAAUGCAAGUUUUGUGGCCAUCCUCGAUUUCAGACAUUACAUCCAGGACGGAGGAAAAAAAAACCAAUUCCAUUCAAGUCCAUGUUCUAUUUGCCGAUCAUUUCAAGGUUACAACGAAUGUUUGCUUCAAUUCAAACAGCAAAACACAUGACAUGGCAUGAUGGUAACAAAAGUGAGAGAGUGUUGCGUUAUCCUUCUGACGGUGAAGCCUGGAAGCACUUCAACCGUAAACAUCCAUCCUUCGCCAGUGAUGCUCGUAACGUGAGACUCGGACCAUCUAAUCCUAAAUCAGGGAUUGAUGUGUAUUUAGAGCCUUUGAUUGAUGAUUUGAAGAAGCUGUGGACUGGUAUAUGGACGUAUGAUGUAUCAAGGAAGCAAAAUUUUCUUAUGAGGGCAGCUUUGAUGUGGACUAUUAAUGACUUUCCAGCGUAUGGGAUGUUAUCUGGUUGGAGCAUGCAUGGUCGAUUAGCUUGUCCGCAUUGCAUGGAACACACAAAGAGUAUUCAAGGGUUGAAGAGUCAUGAUUGCCAUGUCUUUAUGGAAACUCUAAUCCCUGUUUGCAUUUAG